CUAGUAGGACAGUGUCGAAUAAGGUACCAACACACCGGAGGCCCCAAACGAUCACUCUGUCUAGUUCCCUCAUACUAACCGACCAUGCCACCAAAAAUCGACCCCAAUGAGAUCAAGAUCAUUUACUUGAGAGCUACCGGUGGAGAGGUUGGUGCCUCAUCCGCCCUGGCCCCCAAGAUUGGUCCGCUUGGUCUCUCCCCCAAGAAGGUCGGUGAAGAUAUCGCCAAGGCCACCGGAGAUUGGAAAGGUCUCAGGGUCACCGUCCAGCUGACCAUCCAAAACCGUCAAGCCGCCGUUGCCGUCGUACCUUCCGCCUCAUCUUUGGUCAUCAAGGCACUCAAAGAGCCACCCCGUGACCGAAAGAAAGAGAAGGGCAUCAAACACAGCGGCAACGUGACGCUUGAUGAAAUCAUCGAGAUUGCGCGCAAGAUGCGAUUCAAAUCGUUGGCCAAGAACCUGGCGGGUACCGUCAAGGAGAUCCUGGGCACUGCCCAAAGUGUCGGUUGUACCGUCGACGGUCGUCCUGCUCACGAUGUCAUCGAAAGCAUCAACGAGGGCGAGACCGAAAUCCCAGAGGAAUGAUCGUCUACAUACUCACUUUCUUACAAUCUCAUCAUUUCUCCUCAAUCUUGCCCGUUUAACGAAUAAAAUACGUUGUCUUCAUCACGUUCCCUGGUUAAUCUUACUUUUCAAAAGGGCGUCAGCCUAUGAAGCACUUGUCAAAAUGUGCCAGCAUUCUCUGCCCGCCCGCGUCAA